AUGGCAUCCUCUUACAGCCUCCCUGAUUUUGAGUUUCAUGAGUUCUCCAUUUCACCUCUGGCGAACCCAUUGUCGUCCAAGGAAGCAACAAGCUGCAACGAAGAUGGCGGCGGGCAACGCUUUGUGCAUGCGCGUGGCGGUCGGAGUGCGCAGAGCGAGGAAUGGGCCCAACAUCGUACUUUCGAACCUGGGUCCGAUGCCUUAACACGGGACGGACCUCAAUACGACGAGGAUGGCACUGACCGUUAUGGGAGAGACAUGCCCUCAGAGUCCACCUCAGGGUCGGGCCAGCUUCACGGCCACCAGAUGGACCGUGUAGGCAAGGUUGGUCACCGCGCCGCAGGUCUCACAUGGCAGGGUGCCACUGGAGCCUCAGAGUCUCAUCAGUCGCAUAGUGCCAUGAGCCAAGAAUCGGGCGAAGGAGUAGGUGUGGCACUGCACGAAAAGUUUCGCGACGGAAGUGGGAACGAGGAGGACUGGGAAGGAAGCAACGUCAGGAUAAUUUCCACAGCACAACAUGGAGACCCUAGAUCGCAACCGUCGAACUUUCAGCCAACUGCGGAUCACUUUGGUGGACAUUCAGGCAUGGCUGAACCUACACAUUUCGGCAUCCCGGGCUUCGGUGUGUCAUCACGGGCAACAAUCUUUCCCGGCCCCCAUGGAGCGGAUGCGCCUGAACGAAGCAUCCCGACGCAAGAUGACGAGGAUGAAGUAAUCAAGCAAGCAAUGGAGUUGUCAAAGUACACCGCGGCGCAAGAGGAAAUGCAACGCGCAGCUUAUGCCGCACAACAGCAAUCCAUAGUUCGAAAGCCGCCUAUAGCUCGAUACCCUUUAGCUACAGCUGAUACAGCGCAUACAGCGCCCGCCAUUGUCCAGUGCCCACCAAAUGACAUCCUACCAGAGUAUUCAGAAGUACCAAAGCACUCCGCGAACCAUGACCACACAAGCAUAACAACGCGCACUACCGAAGAUGGGAGAUUCCUGCACGAACAAGAGGCUCGAAACACUGCAGCAGUUGGAUAUAUGCAAAAUGGUGCCCAUGGUUUCCACGUAGUGGGACGGUCGAAUGGUCCUGCGGCGCAAAAUCAGCGCACCACUGUGGCCCCUUCCAGUACACAUAACCGGUCAACGGAUCGCGCGGACACAUCUGACUCCGUGGCCUUCGAUACUUGCCCGCCUUCCGCCGAAGAUCCUCCGCCCCGGAACCCCGUGAGGCCAAGAACGAACAUUGUCCCGCAUGCUCCGAAGUCUGCUAAUUCUAGUGUGGCAUCGACGGCGGCCGUCCGAUAUUCAUCCCAGAGGCCGAGUACGAGUGCCACUACCUUUCUUGAUCCACAGGACGAUAGGGUAGAGCGUGCGACCACCGUGGGUAGCUCACCAUCGUUGCAGACUGCGGAGAACAGAGUGUCACGGUCUUCCUUGAAUGCUUACAAUCCUGUAAGGAUUCCGAUCUCGUCGAGUCCACCACCAUCGGAGCGCGGUUCUUCUUCGCCCCAGAUGCUACAAUAUCCUGACAAUCAGAGAGCCAGACCGCAGUUUGUUAUUCGGGAGUCUUCCCGAACGCGCAAUCGAACCCAGAGCAUAUCUUCCGCUGGCGGCUCGGGUGAACUGUGUGAAAACUGCAGGACAAUUGGACCUCAUCGGUGGUAUUGCAACGUAUGCGGCAUUGUAUACUGCGGUAUCUGCUGGGAUAAGCCACUCUUCCACCAGGAGAAUCACUUGGCUAUUGGAUCCAUCCCACACGAAAGGACACUACGCAACAUCGCAAUGAAAGUAGCGAACGUUCUGACGCCAAAGCUCACAGAUGCGGCGAGAGAGCAGCUGCACUUGGCUGACAUUGAUACGACCUGGUUUGGCGUAGUACGGGAGGGCCAUGAGCGACCGCUUUUCCGAGAUUAUGGGCGCUACGCAAACCUCAUGGCAAGUGCAAGGGACCUCAGACUUGAGUCUGCCGAGGCUACAUCUGCGACCACCGCCGAGCUGAAUCGCGAUAUCUUGUAUCCUAGCCUGGUCUCGUUCGUGGGCGAGACUGGAGCGGGCAAGAGCACCUUGAUAAAACUGCUGAUUGACCUCCAUUCCGAAGAGCAUGAGACUUUCGCCACGCCAGUGGUUGGCGCACCAGGUCAUGAUAUCUCCACGUCGGAGGAUGUCCACCUCUACCUCGAUCCACACACUUCAGAGUCUCAGGCUCCAAUCCUGUUCGCAGACUGCGAGGGCUUGGAAGGCGGCGAAAGAGAUCCGACUGGAGCAAGGUUGAAGAAAGAGGCAGAAAGGCGACACAACGCAGCGCUUGCUGCUGGCAACCGCCGUCGACCAAGACUCAAGCAUACAUCCGAGCGCGAACUUCUCUGGGCAGACAGUCCGCACACUCAGAGCCGCACAUUCGCUGUCGCCCACCUCUACCCACGACUCCUCUACACUUUCUCUGAUGUAAUCGUCUUUGUCCUCAAGAAUCACAGAGCAAUCGAAAGAGUGCUCGAGCGCCUCGUCGACUGGGCUCAGGCUGCCUUGGAAAAGUCAUCAAAUCAACCGGUACUACCGCACGCCAUUAUCGCUCUUAAUGCGUGUGAGAACGACAUACCUGUGGAGCUAUGGGAUGUCGAUACUGCUACCUCGCGUCUGCUUGCAGACAUGUCUCGAACUGUACAUCAGAACGCCACCUUCAAAAAGCACGCCGAAUUCUGGCGGGUCCGAGACCGCCAGAUCGAUAGCGUACAAGAUCUACUUCACGCUUAUUACCGCUCAGUACGAGUGGUUCGGAUUCCGACUAACGGGAGACCGAAGCUUAUCGACGAACAGGUCAUGAAGUUCUCAGAGGGAAUCCAGCAAGCCAGCAAUGAAGCAAGAGACAAGAAAGCUGAACUGCGUAUGUUGUUUGAUGCCGAUGAAUUUCAGCCUUACCUACAGGAAGCCUUCGAUCACUUUGCGAAGGAUUUGAACACCCCGUUCGACUUCGUGCAAGCUUCUCUAAAGAACAGCCCUAUACCAAGCGAUUUCGGUGGGAACAUACUCAAGCUUGCUUUACAAAUCAUGCACCGGUGGAAGAACUUGGCAAAAGGUGACACAAUCUUCGAAGAAAUGAGCUACGUUGUGGCUUCUUGCAUCAUGCUUGAUGCCGCUCGCACCGGGAAGCUAGGUAACCCGCUAGAGAUAUUUCCGAACUACCUUGAACAUCUGGACAACGCGCUAGAAAAUUUCUGCCUCCAUCACUGGCCAUGCGAGUAUAUCAGCAACAAGGCGGGCAGAUGUGGAAACGUGCGCAGCGGCCAUGAUGCGAAGGGGCAUCAGUUGAGCUCGGGCAAACUUCUCGCAGCCGGAGCCUAUCAAUCCAAGUUCUUCUUCGAGGGAUACCAACACUCCUUCAGAGACAAUACGUUCCACCUGCUGGUCGCGCUGCAGCGGAGGGUUCGAGCUUUAGAGCAAGAUGGAAUGUCGGAAGAGAUGGCUGCUGCAGAGGUACACAAGAACCACGUACUACCUCUGUUUCUCGAACACGCUUCCCGAGCCGAGCCUAGAGAAUUCGUCAGCCACACGGUCUGCUUCUGCUGCUUGUUCGACCCUCCGGAGCAUGCGCUGCCUUGCGGACAUAUAAUCUGUACGCGGUGCCUGACUUUGUAUGGCCAUGUGCACAGCAAGCGAUUCGUUGAGAUCCACGAAUGUCCUAUGGAGCGGCGAGCACGUCGGUUCCGGAAUGUGUGGCAGAUCGAACUGUUCCCUCCUAGUUGUGGCGUGAGAAUAUUAACACUCGACGGUGGUGGAGUACGCGGCAUCGUUGAGCUUGAGAUUCUUCGUCACCUCUUCCAAGAGCUUGGUUGCAUCAACAUCCAGAACUUUUUUGACCUAAUAGUUGGCACUAGCACAGGCGGCUUGAUUGCGCUGGGAUUGACCUCGCGCAACUGGACGGUCGAAGAAUGCAUUGAGCAAUUCACCACCUUCUGUAAGCAGGCUUUCACACUCCGCAGGGGAAUCGGAGUUCCAGUAAUUGGCCAGCUCGUUUCCCAUUACAACCACUCACGGUACGAGACCCAGCCGCUCGAAGAUGCGCUGAAGACAGCCUUCACCCAUGAGCAAUAUUUGUUUGGCGGCCGCCGCGCUGAUCCCGGAAGUACAAGUACCAAGGUUGCCGUGACCGCGACAGCUGCUGCCGGACAAAGUGUUGUCCUGUCUAAUUACAACCGACUGUGCACUAGGAAAUUACCCUAUCAUUUCCAACGACCAGACAACCUCGACACCGAACUCAAGACAUGGGAAGCCGCUCGUGCGACUUCCGCUGCGCCAACGUACUUCAAGCCGCUUUGCCAUGAGCCUUCAAAGAUGGUCUAUUCGGACGGCGGCGUGUAUCACAACAACCCGAUCGUUAUCGCAGACUACGAGCGCAAACUGAUUUGGCCGCACCAACAAGACGUAGAACCAGACAUCAUAGUAUCAAUCGGUACUCUGUACAGCGACAAGACGAAAGAUAAAAGGGCCCUGAGCCAGAAGUGGACCUCGUCACCACGGGGAGUAGUGUCUCAUGGGAAGUUCCUUCAGAAGAUGGCCACCGAUCAUCUUCACACGUCGCUGGACUCAGAACGUGCGUGGAACAUGUGGCUGAACGCUCGAGAUCCUACCGGCGCAGACAAAGCCCGGUAUGUUCGACUCAAUCCAAAACUCGAAGACCACCCCCCAAAGCUCGAUGAGGUUAGUGAACUUCGCCAUCUUCAAGAGCUCACUUGGAGGUGCAUCAAAGACGAUCGCCAGUACGGAUUACUUGCACUACGCCUUGUUGCUACUUGCUUUUAUUUCGACGUCUCGGGCGACGUUAGAGAGGACUAUGUCAAGGAUGUCUUUGAAGUAUCUGGCUACUUACAGUGCCGACUCAGGACCGGCGUUGAAAUCGAGGAGCUUGGCCGGUUUAUCAAGCGAAAAGCGACAGCCGGACACGAUGCCCAUUUCCUCAUCCAGGAGGAGGGCAACGAGACCACCAUCCCCGUAGAAGUUCGCCUUGACUCCAAAAUAAUUGAUCGAAUGAUCGAUCGUCGGACCUUCAGACUGGAUCAGAGAGUGGACAUCCGUCAAAGUAACAAGUCAUCGCGGACGCAAAUUUCACUUUGCUAUACCAGAGACACUUCGUAUCCCAUCAGCGGUUUUCCGCGUCAAUUACAUUCCAGCAAAGCCUACUUUGCGACGAGCCGCCACGGUCUGAGUUACACGAGUUCCUUUAGAUGGGUCGCAAGGAGCGACAGUCAGCAUCAACGCCGCUUUGACUGGAAGCCACAAACUCUGGCCGCUCCCAUCAACGCUGAAGACUUGAUUGAGCGUUAUGCCGAUGCCACGCACCUGCUUGGGAAUGCGAUGCAAAGUGACCUCAUGGACGGCAAGGGCGGCAAGGGGUGUGAAUAUCCCGGCGCACUACUAUCUCCGUACGCAUUCGCAGCACACAGCGUUGGUUCACACGUCCAGCCUGUCGUGGCCGAGCUCGCCGCCACGCCGGUGGUCCAACAAUACCACGAGCUGCCCACGUUCUCCGAGCGAGUAACGGAUCGGUCACUGUACUUUGAGGCCAAGGAUGAUUGGGUGGCUUUCGGCAAAGAGUACCUAGAUUUGAUGAAAGGCGACCUCGUGAAAGUCUCGGAGAAGCUAGAAACCGGUAAGUACUUCAAUGACGGUUGA